UCAUUAUUUAUUUUGCCGCCAAAAUGUUGGUUAUGUUUUUACUUUAAUAAUGUAUUACUAUUUCAUUUGUUUUCAAUGUUUCGAUAGUUUUUUACUGAUAUAAAAGACAACUUUUUAUACUUUUUCUGUGGACUCUUAACUACAUUUCAGUAAUUAUUAUCAACCAACAUGACGUCUAGAGGAGACAUUCAGUAUUCAACAAAAUAUGAAGACAAUAUGUAUAUCUAUAGGCAUGUAAUCUUACCAGAAGACAUGGCCAAACUCUUACCUAAGACUCAUUUAAUGACUGAAACUGAGUGGCGAAAUCUAGGCAUUCAAAUGACAUCUGGUUGGAUGCAUUACAUGAGAUAUGAUCCAGAACCUCAUAUAGUGCCAUUCAGACGACUUAAAAAAGUGAAUAAUCAAUAAAUGAUGUAAUAAUGUGAUAAUUUAGUAUAAUUCAUUAAAGUUUUAUUAUUUAUGUACUGAAAUAAAUAAAUAAAUUUUACAAAAAAUGUUUAUAAAUAUAUAAUUUUAAUAUUUUGUUCAAAUAUUUAGUAAUUUAUAUUUUGAAAAUAAAAUGUAUUGUUUAUUUUUAAAACAUAUCAUAUGUUUAAAUAAUAUUAAGUAACCUUAUCUAUUUAAAUUUAAUUUAGGCAAAGUAACUAUCUUUUAUAUGAUUUUAUUGUUUAAUAAACCUAUUAAGAUAUUUAUUGAUAACA